CUUGAUUGGGCCCAUCUGACCACCACCUGGCUGAGAAGAGGGUUUUCCUGCAUGGGAAGUCGUCUUUGUACCGCUAUUGCCCUGGCUGCAUGCCACGGCUCUUCCGAUGGCUCGGAGUGCCUUGCAGAAUGCUCGUCUUAUAGUCCUUAUCCCCAGAUUACCCGAGACGUCGUACUCCCGGUGUUGCUGUUCUCAGUCUUUGUUCCCUUCUCUACACAGCCGGUAUCUGUUGUUUGGUCCCGCCAGUUAUUUCGGGGUGCCAUUGAUCAAAAGAGUAGGAUAGCAAGCACUCAUUAUGGCUGGACCAGCACUCCAACUAUUUCCUCCUCCUCGUGCUCCAAGACAGACGAGUCCCAACCUGCGACCAUCUCUUCACCCAAAGCCAACCAGUCAAGAACCAUUAGCAACAGAGAGCGCCGUAAGCGCCAAAACACCAGUUGAUCUCCACGGACUCCUCAUUCAAGUCAACUCUGUGCCAGUAUCACCCUCCAAUCCAAUGGCGCCCCCGCCGGCCAUCGCGGCUCCGCCGAGAGCACAUAUCCCUAGUCCACAGGUUACAAAAACACCAAUGGCAAAUGCAACGAGUCGGCCAUACUUUGAACCACCCCCUCAGCAAACUGCCUCUCCACAACUUGAACGACAAGAAAGCUUUUACCGUGUACAAGAACGUCAUGGCCAUGAUCAAAUCGACGACCAGCAACGCACCGCUAGUCCAGAUCCUGCUCGCGCGAUUUCACCAGCUUUCUCCGAGGCUCAGACUCUGGUACGAGCAAACAGCUCUGCUACAAGAUGCAUAUCACCGCAAGAAGAGAUUCCGAUGCGGUCAAUGUUCCCAGUCUAUGAUCCCACAGUCCCUCUUGGACGUCAGCCAUAUCAGCCAACCCAAGCGUCGCCCACACAAAUACCCCGAACCCAAAUCAGUCGUUCACCCUACUCUUCCGAGUCGUAUGUCCCUCACAACAAUGUUCGCUCGAGCGGCUCGACAGCUCCUCCACCACCAAAGCCCUUCUUUACGCCAUCCAACCUUCUAGACAAUCUCUGGCUAGCCACUAAUGGACAAGAACAACCCAGUGUGCAAAUUUAUACCCUGCGAAUGCAUCGAGCAACAGCAUCAAACCCGACGAUAACAUUUGGUACAACGCCAUCCUUACCGUUCUACUCUGUAGCACAGUCAAAUCUUGCAGGCAACCACGAAGUACCCAGCAUCAUGAAUGAGCUGCUCAUUCAACGACAUCACCCCACCCAGCCGCGAGUCUUACCAAUUGCUCAUCUCGAUCUUAUUGCGCCUCCGUCACUAGACAAUGGAGCAUUCAGCCCACAACAGCAAGAGGAUACCACACUCCUUACUAGUAUAUACCCAAAGCUGGCUGCUCUUCAGGCGCUUGAUGCAGCUGCUAACUCUCCUGCCGCCUCGCGUAUUGCGCUUUCUGAUCCUGGCGCUCAGUCACCCGCUGCGCAGCGUCUGGCUGAAGAUGUUCUAGCCGGUACUGCACAGCGUGAGUGCUGCGCUCUCGCCUGGACGAGGGACAACCCUCAACAACAAGCAAAUCCUUGGGCGCAACAUAUGCCGUCGGAGGGUUCAUAUCAGCUUCAUCAUCCAACAUUGGGCACCUUCCCUAUCUCCCUAGAAGGUGACUGUUCCGUCAUCAACGCACCUUCGACAAGACCCAUCACGGCGUUCUACGGGCAUAAUAUGCCCAUGACACCACAAAGUACUGGACGGAAGCCAGCCUGUAUCACUGUGCUGAACCCAUACGUUCUCUCUCCGACGACCCCCCGGACAAAUGCGUUCUCUCCGCUUCCACCACCCCCGCGAAUCGAUGGCACGCGGCCAGUCUCUAUGACACCUUCUGAGAUGUCUGUUGGCCAACUUCCUACGACCACCGACGCUACUGCUGACGAUGCCAUGCUCGCACGUCUUGACUUCGCAAAUGACGCUCUCAUUCUCAACCUAGGUGCCUUGACACGUUUCGGCAAUCCCUUCUUGACCGAUGUUCUUACGUCUACGCUUCUGGCGGUCGCAGUAGCGGAAGCUACGCGCGGCCGCAAAACACGCAAUCGAAGCCAAGAAAACUUUGAGCCACCACCACCAAGCUUCACGCUGAACAAUCAAAAGGAAGACACAGCAAGAGCGUUCAAAGACUCCUUUGUCGAGGGUUUCCAGGGCAUCGGCGGGAAGUCGCGCCCGCCACUCUCGGGUAAAGGAUUGAAGAAGUUCGCUUCUAGUCUAAAGAGUACAACUACAACUCGUAGCGAGAGUGCGAAUGGAAGUUUUGACAAGGACAUUGAGUUGGGAGAGUGGUAUGGCCAAGACAAGCACACGAAAGCGAAAGCCACAAAAUCGGAGAAAAAGGCGAAGAAAGCGAGUGCUGAUGACGAAAGUAAACUACCGCUGGUCGCACGCACAGUCAUAACGGUGUUGACGUUUGCGUUCAAGGCCGUGGUGUUCAUACUGAAGAUAGCGUUCAAGAUUGUUGCUGGUGUUGUGGUCAUGAUCACGAGGAAUUUCAGCAAAUUAUAGGGCGUCAGCAGACGGACGGGCUAUUUCUUACGAUUGAUGGGUUUUGGAUCUUUUUCCUACUGCAUGAUACCAUUCUUACUACAUUCGCUGGAUACCAUUUAGACCGCGCUGCACGCGUGGCGCAUAGUAAAUUAAUUUCAAACGUACGACUAUUACGCA